CGUUGGCGCGCUAUAAAUGCCGCCGGUUCAAACGUCACCCGUCCAGCACAGAAUCCGCGCAAUCCGAGCGUGCAGCCACGCGCCGCCGUUAUUGCCGCCGAUUUCUUCCGGGGCGAUAAAUUGCAUUCCGUCUUCACCAUUUCUGAGAGGAAAGGAGGAGGAGCUAGGGUUUUUGGCUAGCAGAGAGGCCGCUGUUCGGUGGACCUGAGCUGAUCGCAGAGACUGUGAGGUUUUGAGAGGCUGAGAAUUAGGGAGUGCAAGGGAGCAGAGAUGAGCUCGGACUCGGUGUCUUCGAACUCACAUGGCCAAUCGGACGAGCAGUGGAUGUCACCUUACGAAUAUGAGGUCAAUGCGACUUUUCUCCUCUAUCACAAUCAGAGGUUUGUGCAGCAGCUGAAUUCUCAAAGGGAUAACAUGAAUGUUCUCAAUGGAAAAAUCCAAGCGUUGAGAGAAAAUCGAGCUUCUUAUGAUGCUAUGUUGGUUAGCAUUAACCAAGAGUGGAACCAGGUAAUUGAUGAUUUAAUCUUUUUAGAGGCACGAGCUGGAGGACUUCUAAAUGCUCUGAAAGCACUAAAUAAUGCCGAGAAUUCUGGAGAAGAAAAUUUUCUGUCUAGAUUGCUGGAAACAGACUCCAUUGCUACUGGAUAUAUAGACGGAGCCCUUGCCAAUCGCUGCUUGUCUACAGAAAGGCUAAUAAAACUUCUUGAAGAUGCCAUCAAUGCUGAGAGGUCGAGAACAGAGAGCAUCACUCUAAGUUUGCCAGCAGAGGUGUCUGCUGAAGAUGUUAUCUUGCUGUUGUCAAAUAUUGACGAAAUGAUGAAAGAGGAAGCAAAGAAUUUGCAUGAAGCCGUUGACAUUCUCCAGCAGAAGCAUAGGGAAUGCAGCGACAAGGUUCAGUCUUAUGCCACGAAUCAUGAAGUGGAUCAGUCAGAAAUUAAACACCUGAAAGGUGAACUAGACGAGAGCAUGGGUAAGCUCAAUGAAAGCAGAAGGAAGUUUAUAAGUCUAAAAAUGCUGAAGGAUGCUGCUUCGGGAGCUACAAAUCCAACUAUAGGUGCAGUAAAUGGAAGCUUAUCGCCAGAAAAGCCAGCAGAAAAGACAGCACGAUUGCGCGAACUGAAGGAUUUGAUUGAAGAAACAAAGAUACUCGCAGCUGACCGUCUUUCAGAGCUCUUGGAUGUCCGGGAAUAUAAUACAAUUUUGUCAGAACAAUUGCAAGAUAUCCAGAAUGAGUUAAAGGAUGAUAAAUAUGUGCUACAGUCACGGUUGUAUGCAUUACUAAAUGAUCAGCUCCAGCAUGUGAAUGCUGAGGUGGGCCGGUACAGAACAUUGACGGAUGCCAUGCAGGGUGAGAGGUCCUUCAUAAUACGAAGGGAGAAAGAGCUGUACGCUAAACUAGAGUCCGCUGAUGUAGCAAGAAAUGCCAUUGAUAAUGUAGAGACGAGGAUUGCAGAUUUGGAACUUCAGCUGCAGAAGUCUAUUGCCGAGAAAAAUGAUCUUGAGAUUAAAAUGGAGGAAUCUCUUCAGGAUUCAGGUAAAAAGGACAUUAAAGCAGAGUUUCGUGUGAUGGCCUCGGCGUUGUCAAAAGAAAUGGGCAUGAUGGAAAUGCAGCUAAAUCGAUGGAAGGACAUAGCAAAUGAAGCGUUAUCCUUGCGUGAAGAGGCCGUGGCACUAAGAGCUUCUUUGACCAGCAAGUCUGAUGAAAGAAAGAAUCUGGUGGAGGUGUGCUCUAAACAAACAGUUGAAAUCAAAAGUCUCAAGUCGCUGGUUGAGGAGUUGCAGAAGGAAAAAAUGGAAUUGCAGAUCUUCUUGGAUAUGUAUGGAAAUGAAAGUUGCGAUGGAAGAGAUUUGACAGAAGUAAGAGAAUCCACACGGAUCGCCAACUCUCAAGCUGAACUUCUGAGGAAUGCUUUGGAGGAACAUAGUCUAGAGUUGAGAGUGAGAGCAGCCAAUGAAGCUGAAGCUGCCUGUCAAGAGAGGCUUUCUGUUGCUGAAGCUGAAAUAGCAGAUUUGAGGGCCAAGUUGGAUAAGUCCGAGAGGGAGGUCUCUGAGCUUGUUGAGGCCAUCAGAAUGAAGGAUGCUGAGGCGGAGACGUACAUAUCAGAAAUGGAGACGAUUGGUCAGGCUUAUGAAGAUAUGCAAACGCAGAAUCAGCAUCUACUGCAGCAAAUGACUGAACGGGAUGACUACACUAUCAAGCUGGUCUCAGACAGUGUGAAGACAAAGCAAGCCCAGAGCUCCCUACUCUCUGAGAAGCAGUUGCUGACGAAGCAACUUCAACAGCUUAACUCGUCAAUUGAGACUCUGAGGUCUAAAGUUUCCCACUGUGAAGAACAGAUGAAGAUUGUCCUGGCAGAGGGCAUGAGAUCUGCUCAAGAAGAGAGACACCUUGCAGUUAGCUUGGAAGCAGCCAAGUGGGAGUUAGCUGACGCCGAGAAGGAGCUGAAGUGGCUCAAGUCGGCGUUGUCUUUGACUGAGAAGGAAUAUGACCAAAUCCAUCGGGACUUGAACGAGGUCCAGAUCAAACUGAACAAUGAGAGAGAGGAGACAAAGAAACUCGAGGAAGAGCUUGCUGAGUGGAACAGGAAGGCCGCUGAGUUAAUGGCCGAAACUGGGGAGGCUGCGAUACAGAGGCUUCAAGAUGAAAUAAACGAGUGCAAAACAAUACUCAAGUGCAGCGUGUGCCUUGAUCGUCCAAAGCAGGUUGUGAUUGUGAAAUGUUUUCAUCUUUUCUGCAACCAAUGCAUUCAGAAGAACAUAGAGCUUCGGCACCGGAAGUGCCCAGGAUGCGGGACGGCGUUUGGUCAGAAUGAUGUCCGUGCAGUCAAAAUUUAAGGGAGCGGAUCGAUUCCCCUACCCCAGGAUUCUCCCGAUAUUCGCCUUAUGUACUUGUAGGUAGAGCACAGUUUUCCGGAUUAUGUGUUUCUCCUGAUGGAACAGAAUGACCCACAGUGGGCAUCGCCAUGGAAACUGUUCUGUAAGUUGUAACUUAUAAUGUAAAACUCUGUUACUGUUUAUAAAUCAUUCCCGGGGUAAAUUCAAGAAUUCGGCAGA